AUGGUGGAUGCUUUAGAUGAUUCAAACAUCAUGGAAGAAAGAGAGGAGCUAAUGGUUUCACUUGUUGAUGAACAAGAUAUAGUAGUUUUGGGUGGUUAUUCUGUUUUGGGACAAUGUGUGUUGGAACCUGUUAAGAACAAUGAUUCUGUUGAAGUUGAAAAAAAUCUUUGUGAGGCUUACAAAGUUGUUAAGGAGAGUGAUAAGAACGUAUCUCCCCAUCCCUGGAUGGAACAUUUUGCAGGAAGAGGUGACAAUUUGGAGCAUGUUGCAUUUUUGACCCUUUGGUUGUCAAGGUAUGUGCUUCCUUGUAGAAUUUAUCAGUGUGUUGACAGAGCUCUUUUCCCUAUUGCAAUUUUUCUAUCUCAAGGAGUUCCAAUAGCACUUUCCCCUGCUGUUCUUGCUAGUAUUAAUAGGGAUCUCAACUUGCUUAAACAGCUGAUUGUAUCUUCGUCUAAGAACGCUGAAAAAAGUAGUUAUUCUAGAUGUGUAGAAGAUGAUUCGGAUCUUAUCCUUCGUGCUCCACUUCAUUUUGUUCAGCUAUGGGCUUGGGAGAGAUUUACCAGUUUGCAGCCUAAGCCUAGUACUGUCAUCUACACCGGGGAGCCAAGGGUAGCUAGAUGGCAUAAGGUGAAAAAGCUAAAUUGUGUGGAUCCGAGGAGCGAAAUAGAUUCUGCAUCAGAACAUUUUCUGUGGCGUCCUUAUGCUGUUGAUAUUGUGAAGAAUUGGGACAUCAACAAAUUUUACAAGGAAAGAGAUGAAUAUGUGGUGGUUGGACAAAAGAUGGGAAGUGAAAUCUUGAUUUUUGCUCGACUUUAUAAUCCACAUAGAGUAUCAAUGCAGUUCGGAUUUGAUCAAGAUGCGCCCGGUUGUGUGAAUCUUGCUGGUGAUCAUACCCCAAAAAUUGCUUGGACCAAUUAUAACAGACCAAUUAAAGAUGUCAAGCUCUAUAUACCUUCUAGGUUCAUAGAGUCAGAUGUCAGCAGACGAUACUUGGAUUGGUGGAAGGACCAAAAUGUUGCACCUGAGGAUGCAGAUCAGCAUGUAGUAAAGGGAAAGCUGUCUAGAACUCAUGAUAAGAUGAACGCCUUUGUAUCCUGUGAAUUUUUGCAGAAAUGUGAUAAGGUUAGAGAAGAUGGUAAUAGUCCAGAUUGUGAAAUGAGAGUUUUAGAAUCAUCAGAUGACGACGACAAUAUACUGAUUGCAGAAUCUUUAUGCAGGAGGAAGCUCAUGAAGAAAGAAAUUACUAUACCUAGCAACCAAAGCCAAGCUUCUUCAACUUCUAAUGUUGGAACUGCCAGAGAAAGGGAGACUCUAACGGAAUCCAAUCCAAUAAGCGAAAACACUGACGGUUCAAAUGGAAAGCCAGAUGAAGAUGGAGAUGGGCCAUAUGCAGUUAAGGAAAUGAAUUUUUGA